GAAGUUUGCAACGUAAUAAGCCCCUCAGCCCUCGUUUUUAAGUUGGCUUUGUGAGUGUAUAAUUAUCUUCACUCCGAGUGUACAAUUAUGUUCACUCCGUGGCCUGAAACUCCCCAUAAUUCAAUUUGCGACGAUUGUACAGCCGUUAAGAAAAGUCUUCGAAAACUUAAAAACAACCUCAAUGGAGAAGUCAACAUGCAAGUGACAGAAAGAAAACCAUGUCAACUCAGCCUCUCAUCAGAUCAAAGCAGACCGAGAAAUCAAUCAAUGGAAUAUCCACACAGGUUGUUUGCACAGAUUUCAGUAACUACAUAUUUAUAGUUCUCACACAGUAUGGAAAAAUUGGCACUUUAGUAUCAGUCACACCUGACUCCAGAUCCGGUGAUAUCAGCACUUCCAUGUUCACCACUAAAGUAUUGCUGGGAAAAGAAGAGGCUUUGACACACGUCUGUGUCAAAAACUUGGCAACAUUUGUGUCACAAGAGGCAGGCAACAGGCCUGUUCUACUGGGGUUGGCACUGAAGGACAGUUCCAUAGAAGCAAUAAAGGCCAUGAAAGAUGUAAUAAAAAGUUGUCAAGUCUGGUAACUACUGGUACAGGGAACAAGCAACAGAAUAGCCUACCUGGAAAGACAAUUUAAGAAAAGGCUUCAUACACAUAACACAUUUUUUUCCUCAAUGUUUCUCCAUCCUUUCAAAAUGUAUUUUGUUGUCUGUUGUUACUUCUAAGCAUGACGUGGUAAUAAAUGCCAUAUAAAUGGGAA